AUGGAGACAGCAGCGAAGUCUGUGUCGAUGGGUGGCAUUGGGGAAGAGAUAGUUGGGGGGUCACAGGACGAUACAGAAGAGGAUGUGUCGGGUGCUCUGGUUGCUCUUGGACAUUAUGUUAGGAAGAUGGAAGACGAAAGAGGAGACUCAAAAAAGGUUUUUCCAGGAAAUUCAUUGCUAAUGGAGAAGGCCCUCAGGUAUCUUACGGAAAAGCAAUGCCUGUCCAUAAAAGGGGUACUAGACAAGUGUUCCUCUAGCCAUAUGGCCCAACCAUUGAAUCUUACGUCCCAGCCAGAGAUGCAUUAUUAUCUGGGGCUCUCAUAUGAAAAAGGCCUUUUCGGAAUGAGGAGAGACUAUAGAAAAGCAUUUGGGCAUUACUUAACAUCUGCACAGCUGGGAAGUCCUAUAGGAACCUUCAAAGUUGCGCAGUGUUAUGAAAAAGGCAUAGGAAAAAAGAGGAGCAUCAAGAAUGCAUUAUGCUUUUAUAGAUGUGCUGCAAAGCUUGGGCUUGUGGAUGCAAUGCAUACUUAUGGAGUAAUAAUCCUAUUUGGCAACAUAGAAAAUGAUUGCGAUCUUGAGACAGGGUAUUUCUACCUAAGAUUGGCUGCAAGAAAAGCAACAUAUACCUACCCAUAUGCCCUGUACGAUCUUGCAAGAUGUUAUGAAAGGGGCAAAGGGCCGGAUAUCGUAUCCCCAGACGAUUCCUAUGCAUUCAAACUCUACUUGAGGGGAGGUUCUUUGGAUUGUCCCAACUGCCAGUUCAGAAUUGGAAAAUGCUUUGAAAACGGGGAUAUGGGGCAGGAGAAGGACAUGGUAAAGGCCUUAGAGUGGUAUGCAAAGGCAGCAGAUCUCGGGCAGCCAGAUGCACAGCUAAGGCUCUCGGCCUUGUUUUUGAAUGGCUUCGAGGAUAUAGUCAAAAGGAAUCAUGGGUUAGCGUUUAAGCUCGGUCUCAAAGCGGCUACAAGAGAAAAUGUUUCUGCUGCAUAUUUGGUUUCAGAAUGUUACGAACAGGGGAUAGGAAUCAAGAGGAAUGCCUUGCUGGCUCUCUGGUGGGGUAGAAUAGCAGAAGAACUCAGAAUAGACCAAGGAAAUCUCCCGGCUGAAAGAAUAAGGAUAAUAGUUCCUGAAGAGGAAGAUACAAGUGUAGAGCACCUUGACUUUGAGGAUGGGGCGGUACCCGGGCUGAUAAAGGCCCAAUAA